UUGACUAAUGACCUCGUCACGUGACUGUACAUGUCAGAUUGGUGAAUGUCGGUUGUGAAGAAAUUUGGCAUGCAAACAAGGAAAUAAUCAGGACAAACUCCUUCGCCACACCAUAAUACUGCUUUCUCGUAAACAAAUAACAAUCAUAGUAUCGAUCUCAACUGCUAAUGGACAGCAGAACUCAUCUGUGAAGCUUGUAUCUGCCCCAUUUCCGCAUAACUUUGUCGACAAACAUGGCGCAUGAAACUGGCACCUCCUACUAUCAGGGAGGUGCCAAGAGAAACUCCUAUCAUGACAUUAGUCAGAGAUACGGGUUGAAUCCCCAUCUUACUGAAGAAGAACUUCAACUUCAGUUGGAAGAAAUGAGGGAGAAUCUCAAAAAGGAAAUCAGAAAAGAAAUGAAGAUUAAAGAAGGAGCAGAAAAACUAAAGGAAGCCACAACAGACAAGAAAAGUUUGUCGGAUGUUAAUAGUAUUGUGAAAAAGGCAAACUCAAAGUUAAAAGAUUUACAUAAUGAACUUCUGGAGAUCAAUUCUAACUUACUGAUGUCAAAUAGUCACACACACAUGGAAUCAAUGUCUGAUACAUUGAAGUCACCAGACACAAAAGAUGGAGGAAGUGAUAACAGUCCUUUAGCUCAGAGGCUGAACAAUCUUCAGAAACAGCUGGAAAUUGAAAAUAAGGUGAAGCAAGGAGCAGAGAACAUGAUAGCUAUGUACAGCAGUGGUACAUUUCGUGACAAAAAAAUGUUAGCUGAGGCACAACAGAUGUUAUUGGAUGCCAAAACAAAGAUGGAAAUCAUAAGGAUGCAGAUGUUAAAAGUUGCUCAAGAUGCAUCCUGUGAUGAUGCAGGUCAAAGAUGUGAAGUUUUGUCUCCCUUAGAAUUAAGAAUAGAAGAAUUGAGGCAUCAUUUGAAAAUAGAAUCAGCUGUUUCAGAAGGAGCCAAAAAUGUCCUGAAAUUAUUACAAAUGUCGAAAUCUCCUGACAGCAAAGCUUUGAAAGAGGCACAGUCAACAAUGUCAGAAUCCAGUCAGAAGUUAGAAUUACUAAGAAUCUCAUUAGAAAAGCGUUGUGAAGAAUUAGAACCUAAAUCUGCCAAAUUACACAUUUUACAGCAAGAGCUUGAUGCUGCUUAUUCUUCGUCUUCAUUACUUAAAACAAACGAUAGAAAAUCUGAAACCUCAAUGUUCUCAAAGUCUGCUGCUAUUACUGGCAAACUGGAAGUUAGGUUGGUAGGUUGUCAGACCUUAUUAGAGGAUAUUCCAGGCAGAAAGAAAGACAAUCUACAGUUACUUCUCUCUAGUCCAGGUGAAAGUAAAAGUCUGUUACGAGGGUCUAAGAACUAUAGAGGCAGUACUAAAACUUAUAAUGUUAAAGAGGAAGUAUCAAAUGAAGUGAUGGCUGUUAUAAAAUUAGACAAUGUUCAAGUAGGUCAGACUGGCUGGAAGACAUGUAGUCAACAGUGCUGGGAUCAAAGAUUUAGUAUAGAACUUGAUAGGUCUAGAGAGUUGGAGUUAGCAAUUUACUGGAGAGAUUGGAGACAGAUGAGUGCUGUAAAGUUCUUACGACUUGAAGAUUUCCUUGAUAAUCAGAGACAUGGAAUGGCAAUUCAUUUAGAACCACAAGGAAUUUUUUUUGCAGAAAUAACAUUUGUAAAUCCUACAUUGUCGAGAAAACCUAAACUCCAAAGACAGAGGAAGAUUUUUCCAAAACAUAAAGGAAAGAAUUUUCUUAGACCUGGCCAAAUGAAUAUAAAUGUUGCAACUUGGGGUAGGCUGAUGAAACGAGCUUUACCACAUGAAUGUAGAGAUAAUGCCAGUGCUCUUAGUCCAGCCAGUCAGAUAAGUUCACCUGGUAUUAUGGCACAGGACCGAGGACCUCCUAUUCACACUAUUAAUUUUGAACCAGUAUCAAAUGAUGAAAAAGUUCCUGCUCUUCCUAUGUCUCCUCCACCUCCUGUCAUGUCUAAUAGAGACUUUACAACACCUCCCCAGCAUCAAGAACGUGCUAUACAGCGUGCAUUAGAAUCUUUUGACUUCCUUCCUGAUGGGGAUGAUGCCAAUAGUACGAUAGAUUUAGAUAAAGAAUUACCUGUUGUGAUAAACACUCUGCCCAAACCUUCAUCAGAGACUUCAUCAUAUCGACCCUCAUCAUAUAAACAACCAUCACCUCCCCCUCCACAGAAAACAUCAACUCGACAAAAUUCCUACGUUGUGCCUGAACCAGAUUUCUCUGAUCAACAUGUACAGAUGGAUGAAUUUAGGGCUGUUAGUGUAUUAGGUAGAGGGCAUUUUGGAAAAGUUAUUUUAGCAGAAUAUAGAAAUACUAAAGAAUUUUUUGCAUUAAAAGCUUUAAAGAAAGCAGAAAUUAUAGCAAGGGAUGAAGUGGAAAGUUUAAUGUCGGAGAAACGAAUAUUUGAAGUUAUAAAUUCCAUGAGACAUCCGUUUCUUGUUAACUUAUUUGCUUGCUUCCAAACUAAUGAGCAUGUGAUAUUUGUGAUGGAAUAUGCCUGUGGUGGAGAUUUAAUGAUGCACAUUCACACAGAUGUGUUUUCUGAACCACGGACUGUAUUUUACGCUGGUUGUGUUGUAUUAGGAUUACAGUAUCUACAUGAGCAUAAUAUUGUGUAUAGAGACCUUAAACUUGACAAUUUACUUCUGGAUAAAGAAGGAUUUUUAAAAAUAGCCGAUUUUGGACUAUGUAAAGAAAGUAUGGGUUAUAGUGAUAGAACUAGUACAUUUUGUGGAACGCCGGAAUUUCUUGCCCCAGAAGUUUUAACGGAAACCUCAUAUACACGUUCGGUUGAUUGGUGGGGAUUAGGUGUAUUAGUAUUUGAAAUGUUAGUGGGUGAGUCUCCAUUCCCUGGUGAUGAUGAGGAGGAAGUGUUUGACAGUAUUGUUAAUGAAGAGGUCCGGUAUCCAAGGUUCUUGUCUACAGAAGCCAUUGCAAUAAUGAGAAGGCUACUGAGACGAAAUCCUGACCGACGUCUUGGCUCAAGUGAACGUGAUGCUGAAGAUGUAAAGAAACAAGCAUUUUUUAGGAAUUUGAAUUGGGAUGACCUACUUAUGAAGAAAGUUAAGCCUCCAUUUACUCCAACAGUUAAAACUGCAGAAGAUGUAAGCAAUUUUGAUGAGGAAUUUACGCAAGAACAACCAAGACUCACUCCUGCUAAGGACAGACGAGAACUUUUAUCUGAUGAUCAAUCAAUGUUCAAAGAUUUCAAUUAUAUUGCUGAUUGGUGCUGAGAAUAUUCAAGUGCCUGUCUCCUGAAAUAUGAUUCUUAGGUGUGCAUGUUCAUCUUUUCUGUAAUGUAUGAAGUUAGAUGCCAGAAUCCUCUCUGGUUACACAAUUUUUCUGUUGAAAUUUUUUUUAUCAUCAAAUUGGAUAACAAAAUUUUCCAUUGCACAGUAAUUUGCAGUAAAAUGCAUAUUCUGUAUGGGUAACAAGUAAUGGUAAACUCAAAUUUCAAAAAUAAGUCACCUUAAUUCAAAUAAAUAUAAAAAGAAUGGUGAAUUAUAGAUAUCUGUUUUGGGUAAAAUUUAAUUAUUGGUCACUGACUCAAUGCACCCCCUCCCCUUAAAUAUAUUAAUCUCAUCCUUUUUUAUUUUAAUAAAGGGUAAACCCAUUUGUUAACAUUCUAUAAAAUGUUAUACAAAAUAUUUCUCACUAUCAUUCCAUUGUUUAAUAAGUAAGAGAUAUUGGAGGUGAUGCAGUAGUCUAGUCUGAGAGUGGUGAAUAUGAAAUGCAGCAUGUUUUCAAUUAGCUUUACUUUGUUUUUUUUUAUCUUUCAUGAGAUAGGCACUUGUAAUUAUUUCCUAAAAUGUGAUACUAUUAUUUUAAUUGAACAAUAUUUAAGGCAAUACAGUUAUGAAGUGUUCUUUUGGGAUGAUAUUCUCAAUGUAGAUUUUUCGCUCUUAUUUUUUUUGUUUAGCGAUGUACUAUGUUUAUUUUAAUGCUGAUUUUAUGGAUAUUGUUACAUGAAUGUUCAUUAAAGAAUUUCUGUACUGUCUCAAAGUCAAAGUGAAAGCCUAUUUCUUUGUCAAUGUUUAAUUAUUUAUCUGUGUACAAGGUAUUACAAACAUGUAUUUUGUGAUCAUUCCCUUUCAAAUUUCAAUAUUCUAAUUGUAUAUUUCUUCACAUUUUCAAUACAUAAGGCAAUCAAUGACAUGCAUAUAUGAAUAUAUCAGUAUCUGAUAAGUAUGUGUCAAGUUGAUCAAAUAAGAAAAAAAGAUAAGUAUGAUGACCCUAAAACUUACCUAUGGUUAAAAGUAUAAAUUUCUCAACAAAAAAAACAGAAUAAGUCAUAAAUUUUAUAAAUUGUGCGCCUGCUUCAUAUUGAAGAUUCAGAACAAUUUUACUGAAAUUUGAUGCCAGCCUAGUUAAAUGAUGAAAAAAUUUAAAGUAAUGGCAAGAGAAAUAUUUUUUUUUAACAAUUUAUAAAAAUAAGGAGAUAUGAUAUGAUUACUUUUUAUUUUUAAUCUCAGAAAUAUAAAGUUUUUAUUUCUUAAGAGUUGUAGUUACUGUUCGAACAAUCCAGAAGAUAUCAAUGGGGGAAAAAAGAUUUCUCUGAAUAAACAUUUCAAUACCAUUCCUUUAUGUUGUUUAGAAAAAAAUCUCCAGUUUUAUAUCACAAGUUUUCCCUUAGACCUGGAAUAAAAAUGUAAAGGGUUACAAAUGAAUAUGAAUUUGGAAGAUUGCAUGUAAAAUAAUUAGAAAUCGUUCCUAUUGGUCAAAUUUGUCAUUAUAAGGAUGAAACAACUGUUGACACAAUAUCAUGAGAUUAACUUUUUGGGGGGUUAUGAUAAAUGUGAAACCAAAUGUCCUGUUGAGCUUUCACAUAAUACAAAGACACUUAUAAAACUGUAUUAUGUAUGACUUUACAGCAUUGCUCUUUAAUUGAUCCAGUAUUGGCAAGUGGUAUUUGGUCAGACAGGAUCUAGUAUUUAUAUUGAUUGGUGGAGAUUUAAGGUUGUACUUGAUAUUUACAAUGCAUAAUUUUAAAUUAGAUUUUUAUUUUGCGAAUGAUUCAUUUAUUCUCCCUUGCAUUCAUAGGUUAUUUAUUUAUAGUGCUAUUUUAAUUUUUCUCUGUUACAUUGUGGUGCAAGAAAACGUGAAAUUCAGGACGUGUGUAAUUCUGAUGAUUUGUUUUAUUGUGUAGUUGCAAUGCAUUUGGAAUGAAAUCUGUUAUGAAUUUGUAAUUUUUAUGCUCAGGCUACAAUAGUAGGGACAUUAUGCUUUCCGAUUGCCUUUUCAUCUACAUGUCCCAUUAUCAGGUUAAAGUUUUUGUUUUAAUGUAGGUCAAAGUUUCGGAUGAAGGUAGUUUACUGUGAAGUUGUGGUCGAACCAACUUGAGGCUCAGUUUACAUGUUUAUUAUGAUAUUAACUUUUUUUUUAAAUAUAUGCCAGAUUAGGGUUGUGACCAAGGUUUUGCAUUCACUGAACAUGGAAAUAUGAUAGUGCAAGCAGGGCAUGGGUUCCUAUGGACACACUUUCUUGUUAUAUACUAAAGGAAAAAUGUAUUUCUCACUGAGAAACCAAUACAUGCUGACACAGCAUUAGACAAUGAAUCAAUCAAUUCUGACUGAUAAAACACAAUGCAUUUUGAAUGGAUACUUAAAGGCCACAUCACAACUUAACUAAAACGAAAAACUUCACAAAAUGACCAUAGAUUUUUUUCUGAUAGCGGAUUAUACAUUUUUAUUGUUUCUUCAUUUAGUUUUAAGUGGUAAUAGUCAGAUUUGGAAGGAAUAUUUGAUUUCCAUUUCUUUGUUUAUUUGAGCUGUUGGUCUACAUUCUAGCAGGUUUUUAUUUAAUGAAAAAUUGACAUCCCAUGAAUAACAUUUAAUCAACAGUUAUUAAAAUAUCUUAUUUACUUAAAAACUGGUUGAAUUUCAAAGAAGGAAACUGAUUUUAACGUAAAAAUCAGCUGAUCUCUUUACCAUUGGAUUUAUUAUUUAAUCGUCUGUAUCAAGUGUGGAUUUUAUUCUUUUAUCUGUCAGACAUACAUUGAUUCUCAUCUUUCCAAGUCAAAAUAUGUACUAACUUAAAACAAACAAUAAUUGACAUAAGCAUAGGUGACUCAUUUCAUAAUAAAAUCUUACUAUUAAAAUUGAUCUUAAGUUGUCUGAAAUGUUCAUGGCUUACAAGCUGGUAAUUUAUUAUUUUUGUUAUUUUAACUGGUAAAUUUUAGUGAAAGAAUGGCUCUAAGGCUCCCUUAUUGAAAUACCUGUAUCAAUUAUCAACAUGCUUAAUCUAUAUCCAUCUAUCUAGGAUUGAAAAUUACAGUAAAAGAAGAAAAAGUUCAAGAUAAAACUAUAAGAACAGUGCUUAAUUUCUGUUACAAUAAGAUUAUUGUUGACUCCUAUUGGGUAAUCAUUUGCUCAUGUUAUUGAUUAUGGUCAGUUUAUUUUAAGUGUCAAUAUGUUUAAAAGAGGUGUCACAUUUACUCAGGUUUCAGCAGAAGUAUACAUUUUUCAAAAGCUUCUGUAAAUCACUGCACACAGUAAGUCAGGGAUAAAGCCAAGUGUGGUCCUUUACAUCUAUACUUAAAUGGUCGGGACUUAUGGUUAAAUCUUGUCUUAAGGAUGUUCGCUACUCUGUUUCAGAAUAACAAGCUUUUUAAAUGACUGUUUUAAAAUGAUAGUAUAUAAAUAAAGGAACUAUAAAAGCAGAAAAAAAUGAAGGGUCCAUGUGCUUGUUUUCGAGAUAUAAGUCAUUAAAUAUUUGGCGGGAAAUGAUUCUCUCUAGAUUUUUCAUACUGUUUACAUUGGCCGCUUUUUUGUUUCAAAAACUAUGAAAAAAUAACAAGGAUUUUAUAAGAUUUUCAAAUAUGGCUUUUUAAACUAUACGUAAUAAAAUUAUAAAAAGAAAAGUAGGGGUUAGCGGGCAAAAUGUUUUAAUGGCAAUACAUGGAUAAAACCAGAGGAUUCCGAAAAUCUGGCAAAAAUUCAAAAACAAAGAAGAGCAAACAUCCUUAAUUCACUGUGAAGAAAGGAACAUAUAUAUUGGUUGGUUCCUUUUUAAUAAUUUAUGAUUAUUUUUAAUUUGGUAUUAACCUAAUUUGAUUAGAAUGGCUAGCCAGAUUAUAUCAAUAAAUUAAACCUGAUAAUUGUAUACCUCUGUUAUUUUGGGGUUGUAUAAAACUUGAUAGGAUUGUUUAAAACAUGUUUAUUAAUAAACAAGUCCAAAAACUGGAAAACUAUGUAGCAAAUUAGUUGAAUUGAAACAUUAUUUGUGACUGUAAAAUUAAACAUUGAUGUCUUUAGGGUUUUGAAAUACAAUACAUAAUCUUGGUUGUAAUUUAAUGGUUUUAAUUCUUAAAAUUGUAUUAAAAUUUCUGUUUAAACCUAUGUGCAGUCACACAAAAUGUUCAUGGUGUGGUUUCUUGAAACAGAAUGUAAGAUUUAUGAAUUUGUAACUUCUUAUAAAGUGUGUAAAACCUGCACUCACAAGUAUUACUACUGUUUUUGAAAACAGUACCUUUGAUAGUUAAGAUGUCCAGUCUCAAUUGAUAUCAUAUAGAACAUUUUUAUUUUUGCUGGUUUCAGCUUUCAGCUAUACUUCAUACAUUGUUUUCUUCAUAAAGGACUGGCACCUUUUGUGUUCAACCAAAACCAUACAUGAUAUAUACAUCUACCUUAAUAUAGAAAUUUUAAGUCAUAUGAUAAAAAUCUUGUCAAGUUUUCAAACAGGAAUACAACUUUAAACUCAGCUCUUGUUUUUUUUUCAAAAUACAUUGUUGAAUAAUAUAUCUUUCUAGUUACAUGAAUUUACACCAUAAUGAAAAAGUGUAUAAAUUUUUACCAAUCAUUCCGUGGAUUCCGAUUUGGACUUGUUUAUAUAAGAGUAAUAUCAUUCCAUCCAGAUGUACAUAUAUUGCUAUCAGUGCAUUUACAGCAUAUUGUGUAUAUUUGUAUAUAACUUAUAAAUAAAAGACUAUGCAAAUGUACAUUCAACAUAA